AUCGGAGCGUUGCGGAAAAGAUACACGGAGUGAAAAAAAUGGAAGGCUCGACAUCCUCCAGUCGGUCGCGAUUAACGACUUUUAUUGCGGUUUUCGUCGCGCUUUUCGCGGCAGGGAGAGCCACUCCUCAAGUGCCACUUGUGUUGUGGUCCAGUGAUAGUUUACCACCACUGGCCUCAGUCACAGCCGGUCACAUCACAUCCAAUGACCAGCUGAGUGCCUACCUCACCUCGGCCUUUGGCUCUGCCUCCCACACUGUGCUGCUGUUCCUGCAAGACAAGUUAAGCAAAGAUGACUUCACAGUCUUUGGUGGAGUUUUUGGAAACAAGCAGGAUAAUGCCUUUAAAAACCUUGAGGCUGCACUGCAUUCUUCUUCCUCAUCAGUGACACUUCCAGCACUGGAGUGGUCAGACUCCUCUGCCAUCCCAACUCUGCUGCAGGAGAAGCUUGGUGUUUCCCCUCUCCUUGUAGAUGCAGACACCUUGUCACAACUGAGCAUCAACACAUCUGUCAGUAAUCUACUGCUGAUCAAUUUGCCGUAUUGUACCGGUUUGUACAAGUUGUGCAAGGAAGUCUUACAAAACAAUGAUGAGAUUAUUGGAAAAGUUCUGAGUAUCAUGAAAGCCAAAGAUGUCCCAUACACUGCGAUAUAUACAGGACUCCAGCCCUCACGAGUGAUUUCAGAAGCAUCUGUGCUUAACCAGCCAGUGGGCCGGUCCUUGCUGCAAGCAGCUGCACCUGUAGUGAACCCGCCCAUCAUGUUUAAUCAAUCAGAAGGUCCCUGCAUAAUGCUGUGGGCUCAGAAUCUCAACGUCAGCCUCUCAAGCACUUCAGAAUGGAUCGACCUGGCUUCACAAACACCUUCCUUGACAGGAUCCACAUGUAAUGGCAGUAACUCACUGCUCGUGCUCAGUUAUGCAGCAGGUUAUACACUAAGAUUUGCCAUGACUCAGCGCUUCUAUCCUGUGUCUGCACGGAACUGGUUCAGCCUGGACUCUGUACAGCUGCAGGUGAAUGGUUCAACUGCAUCUUUCAUUGGGAGGCGUGGAAUAUAUGCCCCCGCAGAGUAUUCCUUCCACUGCCAGUCCGUCACCAGCUUCCAAGAUGCCCUUCUUCUCCCAAACACCACUGACCAGCCUCAGUGGAGGCUCAAUUUUGUCAACUUCCAGAUUCAGGGCUUUGGUUUGACCAAUGGAGCAAAUUUCUCCUAUGCCAGUGACUGUGCAGGAUUCUUCACCGCAGGGAUUUGGAUGGGGCUGCUGACCUCACUGCUCAUGCUGCUAAUUUUCGUGUACGGCCUGCACAUGAUCAUGCAGCUAAACACCAUGGAUCGAUUCGAUGACCCCAAAGGUCCAUCAAUUUCAGUGCCUCAAUCGGAGUGAAGCACUUCACACACACACACACACACUCCUGAGUCUUCCAGUGCUUCCUAGUAGGUUGUGGACCUAUGACAGCCUUUCCCUCUUUUUCACGUUGCUGUUAUAUGUUCUGGCCUUUUUCUUUCAACGUAUUCGCCGGGAACACCAACCUUUCCCCUGAGAUGCUCUGCUGUGGUUGCUUCUCUGAAAUCUUUUCAAAUCUCUUUUUGGAUAAGGUUGUCUUGUAAGGCACAUUCCACUUCAUCUCGCCAUAUUUACAAGUGCCAAUAUAGGAUACAACUUUUUAUUUUAUUUUAUUUUUUUAAUCGAUCGAUUUUGGGUGCAUGUGCUUAAAGAUGUUCAUGCACCACUACCGGCCAAUAAUAUAAGAAUUUGCACUCUUACCAGAGAAUGCCUUCUUUGCCAACAUGAAUGUAAUCACUAAAUGCUGUAGACCUCAGACCUCAGUUCUUACUUUCCCCCCCCCAAUUUAACUGUAAUAGUAAUAAUAAUAAUAAAAGAAGUGCCUGUAUAUAUAUAUAUUAAAAAAAAAGAAAAAGAAAUCAUUUGUGAUGGGUUCUAAAGUGUUGCCGUUUUCAAAUUGCCUUACAGAAGUAUGCUUAUACUUCCAUUUAAGUUAGCUUUGUUGUCACAUGGAAUGUACACACAUGUACACCAAAUGCAAUCCAAUGGGUUGUUUUUUGACAAGUAAUAUAUUUAUAUAAGAAAGACUUUUUCUUCCUAGCCUGCCCUUAAAGUUUGCUUCAGGUUGAUUAAUUUAAUGACAGUGCCUCGGUCCUGCUUUUGUCAAACUUAUUGAUGUGCAAGUGCCAUGAUGUGUACAGUAAACUGUCUUUAAUUGCAAAUAAAGAUAUCUAUUAAUUGUCAA